AUGCCCCCGGAGAUCGCGUGGCGGGUGUUUGCAUCGGCAUCAGCCCUCGUGCCCAUGGCUGAAAUCAUCAAGACCACUGACGCUGUAAACUGGAUCUCGCCUGACUGUAUCGUUACCCUCGGCACUGGAAGUAUCACCGAUGCACCAAAGCUGGCGCGCUUUGCCGUCGCCAGCAACAUUGACACUGCGGGGCACUACCUUUCUCAGCGGCAAACUACGUCUAGACUUCGUAGGACUGACUAUCCCGCUCAUCUGAAUCCCGACCUCAGUGCCUGCGUCUGCAAGUACAAAGCACGCAAGAGGCGAGCUUGGAAAGGCAGUGUGAGACUGCCCGGCUGCGACUUGAGAACAGAGAUUGUGUCAAUUUACCAGUCAAAGUAG